GUAGUUGGGUUCUAGUUCCGGUUCCAGCCUGCUCCUGCUAGCUUGGAUCCUCGGAGCUCUCUCUGGUUCUGUCCGGUUCUGGAGAUGGGGGAGGCCGAAGUGACCCUCAGUCAGGCCGAGGAGAAGCCCCCGGACUCGGCUCUGGUUCCCGGCGAGGACUCGGUGGUCUGGAGCCAUGAAGUGGAGGUGUGUCUUUUCCACGCGAUGAUCGGACACAAACCAGUGGGCGUGAACCGCCACUUCCACAUGAUCUGCAUCCGGGACAAGUUCAGCCAGAACAUCGGCAGGCAGGUGUCCUCCUCCGUCAUCUGGGACCACCUGGGGACCAUGUACGACAUGCAGGCCCUGCACGAGUCUGAGAUCCUGCCGUUUCCAAACACGGAGAAGAGCUUCUCUCUGCCGGAGGAGAUCAUCCAGGAGGUGAAAGGAGGGAAGCUGGGCUCAGAGGAGGAGACCAAGGAGGAGGUCAGGAUGGACAGAGAACCUCCUGCUACGCAUGAAGAAGGUAACCUUCUCCCACUCACCCUUCAGACUCAGGCUGCUCCAUCUCAGAUACAGACCUCCAGAGCUCUGGGCCUGCCUGGACUGAGGAAGACUGGAGUACCCUGAGAGAACCCAGGUCCC